AUCCUUCUCCAAAGGACACUAAAUUUCCAGUGAGAGAAAAGCAAAGAAAAGAAUUCUAAUAAUGGCUAGUAUUUCUGGCACCAUUGUUAGCACUUCUUUCUUCCCAAGAAAGCCUGUUGUGACUAGCCUUCAAGCCAUACCAAAUGUUGGGCAAGCUCUCUUUGGUCUUAAAACUGGUAGAAGUGGGAGGAUUACUUGCAUGGCCACUUACAAAGUGAAGCUUAUUACACCAGAUGGACCUGUUGAAUUUGAUUGUCCAGAUGAUGUCUACAUUCUUGACCAAGCUGAGGAAAAAGGGCAUGAUCUUCCUUACUCAUGCAGGGCUGGUGCUUGCUCAUCUUGUGCUGGAAAAGUUACUACUGGAAAUGUUGACCAGUCUGAUAACAGUUUUCUUGAUGAUGACCAAAUGGCUGAAGGAUUUGUGCUCACUUGUGUUGCUUACCCAAAGUCUAAUGUUACCAUUGAGACCCACAAGGAAGAGGAUCUUGUUGGCUAAGUUCAACAUUUGAAUUUCAUGAGCAUUUAAUUACCUUUUUUCAUAUGUAAUUUUCUUUGUUAAUUUUCAUCUAUGUUUUAAUAAAAUGGGAUUGAAAUUUAUCCAUA